GUACAAAUAGUAAAGGUUUGGUUUAUGGUGCUCGUAAAACUUUUAGUGCGACGUUUGGAACCAGAAGAGUUUUCGUGUGUCAUAUCAAAUAUCGUAAUGAAUAUUUAGUCUUUAUGUGGUCUGAUCCUUUAACUUAUUCUUUUACGAAUAUUAAAGAAAGAAUUCUAAUCCUAAAGCUAUCACCAUUUGUGUUAUGGUCUAGAUUAGUCAAUAAUGAAGCAAUAGGAUAUUAA